CAGCCUUACGACGUCAUCGCCUUGUCUCCUCCCAUUCGCCGCUCGGCGUUCUCUCCUGUCGUUGCUGUUUGUGUAUCACUGAGACGAGAGAGACUCACAGGUUUCAGGAAAGAUGGCGGCCACUUCAUCAGAUAGCGCUGAGCAAGACUCCCCCUCAUCCAGCAACGAAAACGGGGCGCCACCGCUAGGUGAGACCGAGGACGAGCUGCGGGGCCUGCAGCUCCAAGAACUGAAGCAGAGCAACGAAGAGAAAAUGGAAGCGGGAGGAGAGGGAAAUGGUGAGAGAGAGGUUAGGGGAGACGGGGACGGAAAAGCUGCUGUCGCUGAAGAGGAGGAUGAAGAGGAGGAGAUAGGUAGCGUGAGUGCCGGUGGCGAGGAGGAGACCUCCGAGCAGCAAAGCCCGGCUAGCAGCAGCGAGACCGGGGACGGCCCGGAGAAAGAGAUCAAACAGGAACAAAGGGAAGAGUGCGAGUCCGUGUCCGGCGACGGUAAUGAGAAGAGCAAAGCUGCAGAGGAUACCAUCGACAAGAUCAGCACCACGGGCGGCUUAACCAGCGAGCAUGCUAACAAGAGACGGGCCAGUGUGGAAAUCUCCUCCUCAGACGGGGAACCCCUAAGCCGCAUGGACUCUGAAGACAGUAUAAGCAGCACCCUAAUGGACAUGGACAGCACGGCGUCGAGUGGGCGAUCAACGCCAGCCAUGAUGAACGGCCAAGGAAGCACGACACCAUCCACCAAAAGCAUUGCUUACAACUGCUGCUGGGACCAGUGUCAAACCUGCUUCAACUCCAGCCCAGACCUGGCAGAGCACAUCCGCUCCUUCCACGUGGACGGGCAGCAGGGAGGGGUUUUUGUCUGUUUGUGGAAAGGCUGCAAAGUAUAUAACACACCGUCUACCAGUCAAAGUUGGCUGCAGAGGCACAUGUUGACGCACAGUGGAGACAAACCUUUUAAGUGCGUGGUUGGUGGAUGUAAUGCCAGUUUUGCGUCUCAGGGUGGACUGGCCCGGCACGUUCCCACACACUUCAGCCAGCAGAACUCCUCUAAAGUCUCCAGCCAGCCAAAGGUCAAGGAAGAGUCUCCGUCCAAAGCGUGCCUGAACAAGCGCAAGAGGCUCAAGAACAAGCGGCGGAGAUCAUUACUAUUGCAGAUGACUGGAGGAGAGGCCAUACACCAGCAAGUGACCAAAGCAAGGCCACAUGACUUCUUUGACGCACAGACGAUGGAUGCCAUACGGCAUAGAGCUAUCUGCUUGAACCUCGCUACGCACAUAGAAAGCCUGGGGAAUGGACACAGUGUUGUAUUUCAUAGCACAGUAAUAGCAAGAAGAAAGGAAGACUCUGGAAAGGUGAAAAUCCUGCUCCACUGGACACCCGAGGACAUCUUGCCUGAUGUGUGGGUAAAUGAAAACGACCGGCCUCAGCUAAAGACAAAGGUUGUACACUUGUCAAAGCUACCACAAGACACUGCUGUGCUAUUAGAUCCUAAUAUUUACAGUGCUUCCCAUUGAUUGAUUGCCAUCAGUUAGAUGGUUUCCAGCCAGCGCCAGUAGGUCAUUGCUAGAGUCAGCAGUCUAGCUAUUCUGUGACGUCAAUGGAUGAAAGCUACUAGCAGGGCUAAGCAAACCGUUUCAAUUAAGCCUUUUAUCACCUGGAAUCUUUUCUCAUUAAUCACUCUGCUGCAGGGCGCUGGCUUUUUGAACUUGGGAGAAAAUAAAAAGUGACUUUGCCUCUAAACUAAACUUUUAUUUUGGCAUAUUCAAAAAAAAAAAAAAAAAAAAAAAGUGUAAAUAACUGUGUAGUAUUUUCCUGAAAUGGAAAGGUUUUUUAUGUUUUCCUGCAUAGUCAUGUUUAAAAAUAUAUAUAUGAUUAUUUUUAUUUGUUUAAAAAAAAAAAAUGAAGACCCACUAAGCACUACCUUGUUGUAAACAUGAAAAAAAGCUAUCCAUGCAAAAAGGUGCUAGAAAUUAAAAAAAACAAAUACUUGAGAUUGCCCACUGGUUACAAAGUGACCUCCUGCUAUUAGAAAAGCACGGGAAUGUUUCGGUUGCACAGACUGGCCAAUGAUCAGACUAAAAUAAUAAUUCACUUUACACCUGGCUCCUAGCAAAGAGCUCACAUGUAUCAAUGAAUCAACGAGAAGCAUGUUGUUCAGCUAACUGAAACAGAACUUUUCCCAUUUGCUUGACUUACUAAGGAAGUACUUGGUUGCAAGGUGAUGUUUUUGUUAAACUGGCAAAGUGUCUGUGUGCUGAUGGUCUAUAUUCUUUAUUACAUAAGUUGGGGUUACAUUAGAUUCUGCUGUGGUUGAUUCCAGACCUUUUUAAAUGCAGAAUGUUAAAGGAAAUUCUAGGUUCCAAAUGUGUAAAGUCUGUUUUGUACAGCCUCUGCAAAUGUAUGGUGUUGUAAAGAAAUGAAUGUGUAUGGUCUUGUAUAACAAGAUCCACUUGUAGUUCACACACGAGGCUGCUGUGUUGUAGACGGUUUGCUAGUGCUAUACUUACGUUUUGCUUGUCUUUUUUUAAUUUAUUUUAAUUUUUUUGUAUUUGUUCAACUCUUGUAUUCUUGUUUGUGUGUCAUGUAUAUUGUGACUGUGCAGUAGAUUUCCAAGUCCCAUUAUUAAUAAUAAUAAUAAUAAUAAUAAUAAUAAUAAUAAUAAUAAUAAUAAAAAUAAUAAUAAUAAUGACCAACACAAUUCCUAUAAAUACAAAAACAUGCAUACACGCAAGCAGAUUAUGUACAUGUAUAAAAGUUUUGUAAUAUGCUGGUUGGAUUCUGGUCUGCAAGGACUGAUGAUAUUUUGGAUCAGAAAUGUUAUGAAAGGCUGCUCAAAACUCUAUACUGACAACAUGAAACGGUCAAUUUUGUUUUCUUCUAAACUAGCCUGAAUUCAGUGUGUUUAGCCAGCGCUGGUUCUAGCUUUACAUCCAGCAGAGUUCCAGUUGAAAGGACUCUGUUCUGUAAGUGUGAAUACAUCCGCAGUGGCAGGGGUGCUUCUCUCUGUCUCUUCUGUAGCAGUGUUCGCUGUACGUCCUGUAUUUGCACAAGCAUAUUCGGGUUCAAGAAAACCGACAUACCAAACAUAUCAAGCCUCUCCUGCUGUCUGCCAUCCAACCCAAUGAGUAUAUUUGUCUCCAUCCUAACCUUGUCCUUUUACAGAGAGUGUUUGUUGUUUCUCCGCAGAACAUUGCCACAGAAGAGGCUGAAGCGGAGGUAAGCUACUGCGCUCUGCAAGCGCAACGCUCCCCAACAUUAACUGAAAUUGAGAUAAAAACAAUUUUGCACAUUUUAAAGUCGCUUUCAAUCCCCAUAUCUUAGAUGUAAUAUUUAUUCUUUACUGGAAGUGUAAGAUAAAUCUUUUUCUGACUACAUCCGAUAGAUAUGAAACUGAGCCUUGAAGGUGACUCAGCAGAGUUUCUGACUGAAAAACAUUUGUUCUUUUUCGUACACCGGGUUUGUACUGUACCAAUGUACAUAGAUUAUAUAUGUAUAAUUAAAUGUCCUUGCAGUGAAAAAAAGAAUUUACUUUAAAAAGCAUAUCAUGCGCCAUAAAAUAGAAAUCUUAGGAAAUUUGAGAUUUUGCAAGCAAAUUGAAAACACUUCACAACAUUUCUGAUUCCUAGUCAACCUACAUGUCCCUGCUGAGGUCAGUAAGAAGAGUGAAUUGCAGGUACUGAAAAUAAGACGAGUGUCUUUGUGCAUUUGCAAACAGUAUUCAGAACAGGAGGAAGCUGUAUUGUUGUUGUGUGCUUGUCUGGAUCAGGAGAUGAAUGUAAUAAACUGUGGGGGGAAGAGAUGUAAAAGACUUACUGUAUUCAGACCCCUAUUGCGCCUAAAGUAUGCAGCACAUUUCUGUAUAUGGUGUCGCUUAUGUAAAUGUAAUUGUAUGUUCCAACUUGCAGCAUGUUGUGUGAUGUGCAGGACUUUUAUUUUUUUGUGCUUUUGUAGAUUUUUUUUUUUUAGUUUUUCGGUGGGGGGGGGGGUAAGUUUACCAUGUAACAUGUUAGUCUAAUCGAAGGCAAAACAUGUUGCAUAUAGAAAUAGUGCUUGUAAAUACUUUUGCAGAUUUUGUAAUAUAUUUUUAUACCAUGUGUUUUUUUUUGUGUACUAGAAGCAUGACAUUUGCAAUGUACAUAAUAAUGUAGGGAAAAUGUUGAAGGAUAAUGUAAUUCAAUAGUUUGACAGAAUAACUUUUUGAAAACAGAAGCACCUUUCUUGCUAACAAUACAAUAUGUAAUUGACCGAGAUUUAGUGGAUUGUGUGAUACUGCUGCUCCUGCUUGGAUCUGAGUGCUGCGCUGGAUUUAGUCUGCCUACAGCAUGUGAAAGUCUGCAAAUCUGUAAUGCAUUGCUUAGUUUGUAACAAAAGAAGGUCAAAUCAGUUUUAUUCUUGAGCACUUGAUCAUUCUCAGCCUCUUAAUUCUGUACCUAGAAAAAAAAAAAUCGCUAUACCUUUGGUUGUCAGCUAUGUUUUUGUAAUAAAACAUUGAAAUGGAGAAA